GAACCAAUCCCGAGGUUGAAGCGCUCAAUUCUGGCACGGCCCGAGUGACUGCGCUCGAAGGGACAGCUGUGAGUACACGGAGAUAUUCUGACAAAUCGCCUUACGACCACGGCCACGACACGUACCGGUCUCUAGCUUCUGAUUUCGCAGCAAGAUCAUCAAGGAGGUGAUUUUCCGUUCACUUUCCCUCGCCCCUUUAAUUUCACAUAAGCAAAAAGAAGCUUUUAAGAACAGCCUUCAAAAGAAACAGUUCUGGAGGCCUUUGGUACCUUCUCUUUCUUCCGUCUGGUGCUUACAUGGCGUCAGACCCCCCCGCUAAGCCGAAUAGCAGCAGCGACGCGGCCAUAACUCUUGGACCCUGGGUACUUACUUCUACGUCUACAUUGUCAAUUCUGACAUGGUACUAGCUGGUCGGGCUGUGCUUGGACCUCCUUCUCCAGGGCGUGCUUACGUCUCAGUUCUCAAACUAUUAUUCGUGGUAUGGUGGCACGGAUGGCUAUCGGUUUAUGGUGGCCGUGGGGAUUCACGUUGUCAUUACGACUCUCAAAUCCAUACAGUGCGGCCAACUUGCCGAACACUGUUUGGUAUGAAAAAUACAAUACCCUGUUCGUUGCGCUCAUCGCACUCCGCACCAGUUCUCCUUAUUUACCUAUUUGCUGUUGGCUCUGUCGCCGCCGCAGUUAAUUAUAUAUCAGGCUCCCAAGAUGCAAAUAAUAUAGCUCCGUGGCUGUCAGCGCACUACGCCAUUGUAUUUGCUGGAGACGUGUUGCUUGCGGGCGCAACAGCCUAUUUCCUUCUUAAGACGAAGAAGAACGUUUUACCGCAGACUGUUGGUAUAAUAAAUGCGCUCGUACGGCUUACCUUUCAAACCGCUAUGCCGGCUGCCGUGUGUGUGCUGAUCAACUUAGCAUUGAUCUACUUGAAAAACCCCAACAUUAGAAGCAUAUCUAAUGUGUUCAUCCAGGCUAUGCCAAAAUUAUACGCCGUCAGCAUGAUGUGGACGCUGAACGCGAGGAGACGUAUCCGCGUGGCACACGGUUCUUCGAGUCUCACGGGUGGUACAAGUAAUGAACCUUCUCGAAUGGACUUUUCAAGAUCGAUGACGCGAAGGCGGGUCAAUGUUGGCGAGGAUAUUGCGAUGAGUGGGAUCCAGAUUGUGACACAUACAGAAAGCCGGUUUGAUGAGGAUAUAGAAUCAAUACCAACAAAAGCUGAUGACUUGCCUUUGGAAGAGGAUACUAAGUCGUCAAGCGUGUAUACCAAACAUGUAUGAAUUUACGAUGUAUCUUUAUUGGUUUUCAUAAUGAAUGUAGAUAAUCAUUACAAGGUUGCAUUGGUCCGUGAGUACUCCGAAAAUGACGCGUUAAUUAUUCCUAUAGGCCAUCUGACGUUCCCUGACGGCGGCGGUGUCCAACAGGAAUGUAACAGUCCCCAUAUGAACGCGGUAAUAACGGGAAAAGAAGAUUGCAUUUAUUAAGAAGAGCAGUUGUAAGUCUGAACGAACACCAAAACUUUGUAUGAAGGGUCUUCAGAAGGGUAUUCCAAGUAGCUGGUUCAGUCCGGAAAGGCCUCGGAUUUAGGGUAAACGCGUGUAGUCAUGUGAUGUGAAUCUUGGCUCAAUAUGGC